UCUUCUCCGUCACUCGUUAGAGCUGCCGCCGCAGAAGCAGAAGCACGAGUAGAGGCAGAGCGCCUUGAAAAUCAGAAGAGUAUGGAGACUGCGAGAACAGUGAAGGACGUGUCCCCCCACGAGUUCGUCAAGGCAUACGCCGCCCACCUCAAACGGUCCGGCAAGAUCGAACUUCCUCCAUGGACUGAUAUUGUCAAGACCGGGAAAUUCAAGGAGCUUGCUCCUUACGAUCCCGACUGGUACUUUGUAAGAGCUGCUUCCGUGGCAAGGAAAAUAUACUUGAGGGGGGGCCUUGGUGUUGGUGCCUUCCAGAGAAUCUAUGGAGGAAGCCAGAGGAAUGGCAGUAGACCUCCUCAUUUCUGUAAGAGCAGCGGUGCUAUUGCUCGUCACAUACUUCAACAAUUGCAAAAUAUGAACAUCAUCGAUGUUGAUCCCAAGGGUGGGAGGAGAAUUACGUCCAGUGGCCAGCGAGACCUUGACCAAGUUGCUGGGAGGAUUGCAGUUGCCCGUUGAGAGAUUUGGCUUCACCAUCAAUUGAAAGAUUUUAGAAAUUUUGAAUCAAUCAUGAGUCAAGAGUAGAUAGAAUAGGCAUUGUGUCAGUUCAUAUUCAGGUUGUUACGUUCGAUACUUAACGAACAUGAUUUUAUUUCUUAAAGCAGUUGUUGUCUCCUUGGGUUUCUUUGAUCUUGGAUUUAGUUUUAGUUGGUGAAAAUCCAUUUCAAUUAUAUUAUUGUCUGUUUUGUCUUCUUCA